GUAAAGAAUUGGAGACGAGCCAAAUCCUUGAACCUCCCGGUUAUACGGUUCAGGCUUUGAGGGAAACACCGGUUACGCGUAGCGACACAAACCUAACGACUCAGUCGCGGGAAGCUGGAGACAUCAAAACUGGGGAACGUUUUCAAACAUAAUCUUUCAUUUUGUUGCCGUCUAAUGAUUAUCCCAAGGAGCACUUGCCUUAGGAAUAUCCAAUUCCCACCCCUAUUAUUAUCGUCUACAUUUGCCCAGUCCAUUUCUGCGAAAUGCUCCCUUACACUUUCUUUGAUAUGCUUGUCUUCAAUGGAGAAACCAUCCUUUUCUAUCAAAAGAUUCAAAACCACAUCUGGUCAUCAAGAACUGUACUGGCGAGGCUCUGUAGAAGAAUCCUUCCUUAAAGAACUUGUUGCUAAAAUUCGCAUUGGGAAUAGUGAAGAUGAGGUUUUGCAUUGCCUCCUGCAGGAUCAAACUUGCCAUAAUAUCCAAAUCUCAAACCAACUCGUUGAUAAAUUGCUUUUUAGGUUCAGGGAUGACUGGAAGUCUGCACUAGGCCUUUUCCAAUGGGUGGGAUCAAGGUCAGGCUAUAAACACACUAAGGAAGCAUAUGAUAAGAUGGUGGAUAUAUUGGGUAAAAUGAAGCAAAUGGAUAGAAUGUGGUUGUUGGUGGCAGAAAUGCAUCAGAGCCGUCUCAUCACGCUUCAAACAAUUGCCAAGGUCAUUAGAAGACUCGCUGGAGCUGGGAAAUGGGAGGAUGCUAUUGAGACAUUUGAUAAAUUAGAAACUUUAGGCUUGGAGAAGAACACAGAAUCCAUGAACCUGUUGCUCGAUGCAUUAUGCAAAGAGAAGAAGGUUGAGCUUGCUCGGGAGGUCUAUUUGAGACUCAAAUCACACAUUUCCCCAAAUGCUCACACAUUUACCAUUUUCAUUCAUGGUUGGUGUAAGGCUAACAGGAUCGAUGAAGCGCAUUGGACAAUCCAAGAGAUGAAAGGACAUGGCUGUUGCCCUUGUGUCAUCAGUUACUCAACAAUCAUCCAAGCCUAUUGUAACCAAUCUAACUUCCGCAAGGUGUUUGAGCUCUGUGAUGAAAUGAAAGCUCAAGGGUGCCCUCCAAAUGUUGUCACAUAUACCACUAUAAUGUAUUCACUUGCUAAAUCAGAUGAAUUUGAGGCAGCCUUGCAACUAGUGGAGGAAAUGAAAUCAAUUGGUUGCAAACCUGAUACACUUUUCUACAACGCCUUGAUUCAUAUACUUGGCAGAGCUGGCCGAGUACAAGAGGCUGUUCGUGUUUUUGAAGAGGAGAUGCCCAUGAAUGGAAUUGCAUGGAAUUCUUCCACUUACAAUACAAUGAUUUCCAUGUUCUGUCAUCAUUCUCAAGAACAAAAUGCUUUAAAGGUCUUAAAGCAGAUGGAAAUGUCGACUAUAUGCAAGCCUGAUCUUCAAACAUACAAUCCAUUACUCAAGCUGUGCUUUAAAGCUGGAAGUACUGAUAAUAGUUUGGGGGAUUUAAUAAGUGAAAUGGUUAAUAAGCAUCAUCUUGGCCUUGAUCUUUCAACUUACACACUUUUACUUCAUGGGCUCUGUAGAGAAAACAAAUGUGAGUGGGCUUAUCGUAUCUUUGAGGAAAUGAUUGGUCAAGAUAUAACUCCCAGAUAUCAAACUUGUAGUUUGCUUUUGGAUGCUGUCAAACAGAAAAAUAUGGAUGAUGCUGCUGAGAGGAUUGAAGGUGUAAUGAGGAAAACGAAGAGCUCCGGUUAAGUGAGAUGACAAACAUGAUUGGCUAGAUGAGUGUUAUGAUAUUCUGUUUAUUGCUAGAAAAUUAUGAAUUAUAAGUUACCAGUAUAAAGCUUUCUCUAGCUCUUUUUUA